GUGUCAUUGUGUGUGUCAGUGUAAUGCAUGCUCUAUGCUGUGGUUUUUCGUCUGAUUAUUGUUAUCUAUACCUACACAUAAUUAACCUGGACGUUUGGACUGGGAUAUAAAGACAUAUAAUACGAUCAUUUAUGUAUCACCUAGUAUUGCAUAGCUUGAACCUAAGUAUUGACUUCAAAAUGGAAUUAUUAGUGACUUUAGUUUUAUUAGGACUGUUAUUAAGUAAUAAUUGUAGUGCAAGUGUUGUAAUAAACAGAUAUAAUGAUGAAGGUUGUGUUCUGAAACCUGAAUUGAUACGUGAAAUUCAAUCGUAUAAGGAUGUGACAAAAUUAAUAAUGGACAAUAUUAAAAAUACAACGGGGAAAGAAAUGUACGAAGAGUGAAUACACACGUUUUAUUGACAAGUUCGGUGCUCGUCUAUCAGGAAGUGAUAAUCUGGAGCAUGCUAUCGACCACAUGAUCAACAUGACUCAUUCAUAUGGUCUAAAUGACGUUACUACUGAAGAAGUUGAUGCACCGCACUGGGUGCGAGGAGAAGAAACAGCGUUUAUGUCAAGUCCUCGAAAAAAACACAUUGCUAUACUUGGCUUCGGUAGCAGUGUACCAACACCACCAGAAGGCAUAACAGCUGAAGCUAUAGUUGUUAAGAGUUUUACUGAACUUGAAAAAAUGAAUGACGAAUCAGUGAAGGGAAAAAUUGUAGUGUUCAAUCCGCCUUAUGUUAGUUAUGGUGUAACUGUAGCAUACAGAUCUCAAGGAGCUACCAAAGCUGCCAUGAAAGGCGCUGUCGCAACCUUAGUUAGAAGUAUCACUCCUUAUUCUCUAUACACACUCCAUACUGGUGCUCAAUUUUAUGGAGACAACGUCAUAAAGAUACCAACAGCAGCAAUCACAGUAGAAGAUGCACACUUACUUGAAAGACUACAAAAAGAAGGAGAAAAGAUUGUAAUAACUAUCAAAAUGUCAAACACGUUUGAUAUUAAGAAAUCUAGAAACACUCUGGUAGAUUUAAAAGGAAAAUCAGAACCGAAUAAACUUGUGAUUGUCUCAGGGCAUAUUGACAGCUGGGAUGUAGGUGAAGGUGCUAUGGAUGACGGAGGUGGUAUGUUCAUUAGCUGGUUUGCUCCAGUGCUACUUAACCGUUUGGGUUUAAAACCUAAGAGAACCGUUCGUGCAAUAUUAUGGACUGCAGAGGAACCUGGCUUAGUCGGAGCGGCGGCAUAUUUAGAUAAACAUAAGCACGAACUAAAUGAUAUCGAUUUUAUAAUGGAAUCAGACGAAGGCACAUUUAGUCCUGAAGGACUAAUUGUAGGUGGUUCCAAUCAAACAGUUUGCGUAAUACAGGAGGUAUUGAAGUUGUUUUCACCAGUCGAUAAAGUAGAAAAAAGUGAUGGACCCGGCUCUGAUAUUGUGUUGAUAAUCAAGCAAGGAGUGCCUGGAGCAUCGCUUAUGAAUAAAAAUGAACGCUACUUUUACUUCCAUCAUUCUGAAGCGGAUACAAUGGACGUGCAAAAUAAAGAAGACGUCAUAGAUAGCGCCGCGUUUUGGGCCGCCGUAUCGUACGUUAUUGCCGAUCUGUCUAUAGACAUCCCACGCUUUUAAUAUACCUUUUUUCAAAGGUUCGCCUUGAACGUGGUUGCAUUUUCUUAUAGACUUUUUCGUCACAUUCACAACAACGUCGCUCACAAAGAGAAGGUUAUAAAGGCAUUCAUGGCCUCUCUCCUUUACACGACUAAUAAACUCCAAAGAGCCAAA